UGUAAACACUCAACGCGGAAGUGCGGGAGACGCAUAGAUUUACCGACGCUUCGAGAUUCUGCUACACAUUCGUUUAAAAAAAAUGUAUAAAUUUGAAUUGUUCCAGCAGUAACACAUUAUAAGUUCACCUUCAACACACCGUCAACAAUGACGAAUGUCAACUUACAGAAAGCCAUUGAUUUGGCCAGCAGAGCCUCUGAGGAGGACAAGGCCAAAAACUACGAGGAAGCCCUGCGCCUCUAUCAGCAUGCAAUCCAGUAUUUUCUUCAUGUGGUGAAAUAUGAAGCUCAGGGGGAAAAGUCCAAGCAGAGCAUCAGAGCCAAGUGUGCCGAGUAUCUGGACCGAGCGGAGCAGCUCAAGCAGUACCUGAAGAAGAAAGAGAGCGCGCCGCCCUCCAAACCUGUCAAAGUUCCCCAGUCAGACGAUAAAGGGACUGACAGUGAUGACGGCGAUGCGGAGAAAAAGAAAUUCCAAACUCAACUCCAAGGUGCUAUUGUUAUGGAGAAACCCAACAUUAAGUGGGACGAUGUUGCUGGUUUGGAAGGAGCCAAAGAGGCCCUCAAAGAAGCGGUCAUCCUGCCAAUCAAAUUCCCUCAUCUUUUCACUGGGAAACGCACUCCGUGGAGAGGGAUUCUGCUCUUUGGUCCUCCAGGAACGGGAAAGUCUUACCUGGCUAAAGCAGUGGCUACUGAGGCCAACAACUCCACCUUCUUCUCCAUCUCUUCAUCAGACCUGGUGUCCAAGUGGCUGGGAGAGAGCGAGAAGUUAGUGAAGAAUCUGUUCAGUUUGGCUCGAGAGCACAAGCCUUCAAUCAUCUUCAUUGAUGAGAUCGACUCCAUGUGCGGCUCCAGAAACGAGAACGAGAGCGAAGCGGCCCGCAGGAUCAAGACAGAGUUUCUGGUCCAGAUGCAAGGCGUAGGAAACGACAACGAAGGAAUUCUGGUCCUUGGGGCGACAAACAUCCCGUGGACGCUGGAUUCUGCCAUCAGGAGAAGGUUUGAAAAGCGCAUCUACAUCCCUCUUCCUGAGCAGCACGCUCGCUGCUCCAUGUUCAAGCUGCACCUCGGCUCCACUCCCAAUAGCCUCGAUGAAGCUGAUUUCAUAACUCUCGGGAAGAAGACCGACGGCUACUCAGGUGCCGACAUCAGCAUCGUCGUUCGUGACGCCCUCAUGCAGCCCAUCCGCAAAGUUCAGUGCGCGACCCACUUCAAAAAGGUCAGGGGAAAGGCAUGGAACAGCCCAGAUGUUGUGGUUGAUGACCUCUUAACCCCCUGCUCUCCAAACGACCCAAGCGCGAUCCAGAUGACCUGGGUGGAUGUAGCGAGCGAUAAACUCCUGGAGCCGAUAGUCAGCUUGGAGGACAUGUUGAGGUCACUCGAGAAAACCAAGCCCACCGUGAACGAGGAGGAUCUGGAGAAGCUUAAGAAGUUCACUGAGGACUUUGGUCAAGAGGGAUGAAUUUUUGCAGGAUUCAUGUGGAAUUUAUUUAUAUUUUCCCAUCAUGUUUACAAAAGCUCCUUCUCCAUAUUUUAUUUUCAAAAUCUUUGGCCAGUCUUUGAUCCUGAGAUUUUUUGGGGGGUGUAACAUUUUUGUGAGCCUUAAUAUUAUCCUGAACAUAACCAAUCAGCACUAACAGCCAUUUGAAAGAUAUUAAUUAUUCCUAAAAAUCCUCUUAAUUUUAAAAGGUUUGUUGCAAAUGGGUCAUGAUAUUUUUACUUAGACUUUUGAGAGAUUAAAAAAAAAGUAUUUGUAUUUAUGUUGGUUACUUGUGCCUUAAUGGCCGGUUACUUUUGUACCUUAUUGCCAAAUAAGACUUAAAAUCACAACCAGUAAAAAGACAACCAGUGAGCUGUGAAAAAGUGUCUACAAAUAUGUGAAUACGUGUUUUGGAUAUGCAGACCUCUUUCUUUGUCGCCUCUAAAGUGUUUAUAAUUUUUCUACUCUUUUUCUACUUUCGUCUGUAAAUAAAGUGUAUAAACUAC